AAAGAAAUAGUCUGCGCAAUGAAAACCGUAACUCUUUGUCUAUUGGUGCUCGCAUCAGCCAUCAGCCUGUACGGAGUGGUAGAGGCAACGCCUUCAAAAUCCGACCGCUCUAUGACUGACAAUGGCUUUGUCAAUUUCCUUCGUGCUGUCUUGACCACAGUGCGCGGUGUGAACUGUACAGUCAAUGAAGUCGGCGAGAUUUUGGUGUCAACAAGCAAAUACGUUGAUGACAUCGGUGGAUGCAGCACCGAUGUACCAAAGGAUAUUGCAAAAAUUAUUAAGUCAUGCAACCAAAUAAUUACAAUCUGCGAUGACAUCAUACAUCUUAAUAGUCAGCUCUGCAGUGACGAAGAAGGCUCAAGUGUCACUUCUACAAAGUGCUUCCUUAAUCUUUUCAGUGCAACUGUGAAACUUACUCGCAAAAUUCACGAUACCUUGGAGUUAAUUGCUAAACUUCCUUCAGAUACGGAGACCUGUUUUGUCGAUGCUACCAAUGAAAUUGAAGAUAGCUACAAUAAUUUCUUGCCAAACAUUAAUGACUGUUUCAAUGCAUAACUUGUAUAGCCAGAAAACAUCACAAUAAAUAUACUAUGCGCAAAUAA